GCCCUUUGAAUGUUUGUUUGUUUUCGCCCUCCGACACCCUUCAUGUAAAGAGUAAAUAUUAAAAAGGAAGAAGCAGCAGCACGCGUCAUCAAGAACGAUGCCCAGGGAGGAGUAGUUAAUUAACGGAUAAUCGCACAUAAUCAGGGAGAAGAAGAAGAAGGAUUACACGGUUGCACGGUGUGCGUGACACAAUUUUGCGUUCGCCUUGAUCCGCGCCGUACGAAUUCCGUGCCGCCUCGAUCAAAGUGCGACCCGGGAACACCCCACGAGCCGGGUCGGUUCCUGAGAGCCUGGUGACAAUCGACAAACAAGAAGAAAAACAGACAAGUAGUAUUUGAAACUACAGUGUGAAUGAACGUGGUCAACCACUGAACAGAUAAGAUUAGUGAAGUACCAAUAUAAGGUAAUCAUGGAGGACGGCCAUUGCAAGACAGUGGAAGAGGUAGUAAAUUACUUUAACGUCGAUCCUGAUAAAGGAUUAUCCGCUGAUCAAGUGAAGAGGAACCAGGAGAAGUAUGGUCUCAACGAAUUGCCAGCCGAGGAGGGAAAAUCUAUAUGGCAACUCGUGUUGGAGCAAUUCGAUGACCUUUUAGUUAAGAUUCUUCUGUUAGCUGCUAUUAUUUCUUUUGUAUUAGCUUUAUUUGAAGAGCACGAGGAUGCAUUCACGGCGUUCGUCGAGCCCUUUGUUAUUUUGCUCAUUCUUAUCGCCAACGCCGUGGUCGGUGUCUGGCAGGAACGUAAUGCCGAGUCCGCGAUAGAAGCGUUGAAAGAGUACGAGCCCGAAAUGGGUAAAGUUUUACGAACAGACAAGGCCGGUGUCCAACGAAUUCGAGCCAAGGAGAUCGUGCCCGGGGACAUCGUUGAGGUGUCCGUCGGUGACAAGAUCCCGGCUGAUAUUCGUCUCACCAAGAUCUACUCGACCACCCUCAGGAUCGAUCAGUCUAUCCUGACCGGUGAAUCAGUCUCGGUAAUCAAGCAUACCGAUCCUGUUCCUGAUCCACGUGCCGUUAACCAGGACAAGAAAAACAUUCUGUUUUCUGGUACGAACGUAGCCGCGGGCAAGGCCCGAGGUGUGGUAAUUGGAACUGGCUUGAACACUGCUAUCGGUAAAAUCCGUACCGAGAUGUCCGAGACCGAGGAGAUCAAGACGCCUUUGCAACAGAAGUUGGAUGAAUUCGGCGAGCAAUUGUCGAAGGUCAUUUCCGUCAUUUGCGUGGCUGUAUGGGCUAUCAACAUUGGACACUUCAACGACCCUGCCCAUGGUGGAUCUUGGAUCAAGGGAGCUAUCUACUACUUCAAGAUUGCCGUCGCUCUUGCCGUAGCCGCUAUUCCCGAAGGUUUACCAGCUGUGAUCACUACUUGCUUGGCUUUGGGAACGCGUCGUAUGGCUAAGAAAAACGCUAUCGUUAGAUCGUUACCUUCUGUCGAGACCCUAGGUUGUACUUCUGUCAUCUGUUCGGACAAGACUGGUACUUUGACCACCAACCAGAUGUCCGUUAGUCGAAUGUUCAUCUUCGACAAAGUCGAAGGCAACGACAGCAGCUUCCACGAGUUCGAGAUCACCGGAUCAACCUAUGAGCCCAUCGGUGACUUGUUCUUGAGGGGACAGAAGAUCAGAGGCCAGGACUACGAGACUCUUCACGAAAUCAGUACAAUCUGUAUCAUGUGCAACGAUUCUGCCAUUGACUUCAACGAAUUCAAACAAGCAUUUGAGAAGGUCGGCGAGGCAACGGAGACAGCUCUUAUCGUUCUUGCGGAGAAAAUCAAUCCCUAUGGUGUGUCCAAGAGCGGACUGGACAGGCGUAACGCUGCCAUCGCUGUCAGACAGGACAUGGAGACAAAAUGGAAGAAAGAAUUCACUCUGGAGUUCUCCCGUGAUCGUAAAUCCAUGUCUUCUUACUGUACUCCUUUGAGACCAUCGAAAUUGGGCAAUGGACCGAAGCUGUUCGUCAAAGGUGCCCCAGAAGGUGUCCUGGACAGGUGCACGCAUGCCCGUGUCGGUUCUACCAAGGUUCCUCUUACUUCGACCCUGAAGAAUCGUAUCUUGGAUCUGACUCGCCAGUACGGUACUGGUAGGGACACUCUUCGUUGCCUCGCUCUUGCCACCGCUGAUCAUCCGAUGAAGCCCGACGACAUGGACCUUGGUGACUCCACCAAAUUCUACACAUAUGAGAAGGAUCUCACAUUUAUUGGUGUCGUUGGUAUGCUUGACCCGCCUCGUAAGGAGGUAUUUGACUCGAUUGCAAGGUGUCGUGCUGCUGGUAUUCGAGUAAUUGUCAUUACUGGAGAUAACAAGGCCACCGCUGAAGCUAUCUGCAGACGUAUCGGCGUAUUCGGUGAGGAUGAAGACACCACUGGAAAGUCAUACUCUGGUCGUGAAUUCGACGACCUUGCUCCGAUGGAACAGAAGGCAGCUUGCGCUAGGGCACGUCUGUUCUCUCGUGUAGAACCUGCUCACAAAUCAAAGAUCGUUGAGUACUUGCAGAGCAUGAACGAAAUCUCCGCCAUGACUGGUGACGGUGUGAAUGAUGCACCUGCCUUGAAAAAAGCUGAAAUCGGUAUUGCUAUGGGAUCUGGAACUGCCGUAGCAAAAUCCGCUUCUGAGAUGGUACUGGCAGACGACAACUUCUCUUCCAUCGUCGCUGCCGUUGAAGAAGGCCGUGCCAUUUACAACAACAUGAAACAGUUCAUCCGUUACCUGAUUUCUUCCAACAUUGGUGAAGUCGUAAGUAUAUUCUUGACUGCCGCCCUUGGUCUUCCUGAAGCUCUGAUCCCUGUACAACUUCUGUGGGUCAACUUGGUUACUGAUGGUCUUCCCGCUACUGCUCUUGGUUUCAAUCCUCCCGAUUUGGACAUCAUGAGCAAGCCUCCCCGUAAAGCCGAUGAAUCUCUUAUUUCCGGUUGGUUGUUCUUCCGCUAUUUGGCUAUUGGCGGAUAUGUAGGUGCUGCUACCGUUGGAUCAGCUGCAUGGUGGUUCUUGUACAGUCCGAAUGGCCCACAAAUGAACUACUACCAAUUGACUCAUCACUUGGCGUGCAUGGGCGGUGGUGAAGAAUUCAAGGGCAUUAACUGCAAGAUCUUCACGGACCCUCAUCCCAUGACAAUGGCUCUGUCUGUACUUGUAACUAUUGAAAUGUUGAAUGCCAUGAACAGUUUAUCUGAAAAUCAGUCUCUCAUCACUAUGCCGCCGUGGUCUAACAUGUGGCUCAUUGCCUCUAUGGCUCUUUCUUUCACACUCCACUUUGUCAUCCUUUACAUCGACGUUCUUUCGUCCGUAUUCCAAGUUACCCCUCUAACGGCCGAGGAGUGGGUUACCGUUAUGAAGUUCUCCAUUCCAGUGGUACUUCUCGACGAAACCCUGAAGUUCAUUGCCAGAAAGUUCACAGAUGGUGAGAAUCCAAUUUACACAGUGCAUUGGAUCGUUCUAAUGUGGGCUGUGUUCUUUGGACUAUUAAGUAUUUGUCCCAUAUAGAACAUCCGUGAAAGAAAAAAAGAAAAAAAUGUUUAGUCUAACAGACAAUGUUUUUCCUAUGGAAAACAUUUGCAACUGAGUUCUUGGACUUGCAAUUGCAUUUAAAACCGAAGUUCUUCCCCGUUGCCUGGGAAGCUCGAGAUAAGUUAUUAAUUGAAGUGCGUUUAAGUGAGAUUUUAACCAGUUUGACUGUUGUGCAUGGUGUUAGUACAACCAUACAGAUUUGCCACCAAGGCCCACCAUGUCCGCAUCACACCGUUACCCUGACGUCGUUCUACAAUCAUAUACGGGUUUUAGUGGCUUCGAGUGAUAAAAGGAAAAAAGAGACCCAUCGCAAUCAAAACAAUUGUGAUUGUUAAAUUAUUUUCUACGAGUGCCUUUUGAACAUUAACUUUCCUCCGCAACAAGAUACCCAUUGAUGUUUUUUCUAAUUCGAUUUGUUAUUACACUCCUAUCCUACCCUGUAAAACGUUGUACUUGCAUGCCCUUUGAGCACGGUGCACCUUUGAAUACUAAUUAUUUUUUCUUUUUUUCUCGUAGUUUCUUGUAAAUCUGACAAUAUUAAACUGCGCUCAGUAUUGCCGCUAGAGUAUGUAACCGGUUUAGAAAUCAAUACUAGUCUCAUCGCUUGGAUGCUGUGUUAUCUUGACUGUAGUAAUUGGAAAUACAUAUAGAAAGGUUCUAUGUAGUGCUUAAAAUUUAUGAAGUCCAUCAUUCCUGAAUUUCUCAACUUAAAAGUACAUAGUUAUGAAAACUAAAAUAUACAAAGUCUGAAUAUGGCGCCGUGCUUACCCGACGCUAUCGGCAUUACUGCACUUGGUUUAUCCAUGGAAAAUCCAAUAAUAUUUUUGCAACAAUUUUAUUUUUAUUUUUUUUUACUAGUCAAGUACAUUUACAGCAAUGUAUAGUAUAUAAAAAAUGUCGGCAAAACAGUCAGAACAUCGACAGAUUGGAAACGCAGGGAACACUUUGCACGACAUUUUAGUAAUAGCUGUAUUUUUUGGGCACUUCACUUUAACGCACACGCAUAAUUAGCCUACCAUGAUUUUUAAUUGUUGCUCUUUUCUAAUUUAUUCUUACUUCCACUAUAACCGCUUUCGUUGUUGCUUAUUAAAUAGAACCAAUUAUUGUUGAUUAAUUCUCAGCAUCAAGGAAAUCCGCUUCGGUGAAGACGUCAAUGCGCUGGAACUGCCUGAUCCGUUGCUGAAAUGUCAACUCAAAGAUUGUGCAUGAAGUUCGAAUUUAAUGGAUCUCAUUUCUGAACCCGUACAUUCUAUGUCUUCCUUCCCGUAGAGAAGUAAUUGCAUGCACAACUAAAGAAAUCCUUGGACUAUAUGUAUAUCCUACUAAAACACUCACCUCGUAGAACAGUCACUAUCGGUGGUUUGUUAAUCCUGCCGUGCCCCGGGAUAUCAUGAUCGAUGAUACUCAAUUUUUCUUCAAAAUAUUAUGUAUCAAUCAUUAACUAAGUACAAUUAUAUACAUAGCUGGAUUCGAUAGGAUUUCAAUGACGUACAAAGAAACGGAAACGGUGAUAUCUUUUAACCGGGUUUCGUCAAAAACGGGCACUGCAGGAUUAUUCUAACAUCACUGCACUUUCAUUGCAUCCACUCUUCUACCUUUAUGUGUACCUUACUGGGUGUGAUUUACAUGUUUGAACGAUUAAUGCCAUGCAACAGAUUUGUAUAUCACUAAUUUAACAGAUGCGGACUGCAAGGACUCGCGCGUGUAACAUAGCAGGAAACUCGAUUGUCUUUCGCAGUCCGUGUCUCUCGUUGUAUUAAUCCUCUCUUUUUCCUCAAAACGGUGGUCUGAACUUGAGAACGCUCGAUUUACAUGUACAUUUUUGUUCCUAUUCAAACCACGGAUAUUUCCAUUUUAAAUGAUUCGAGUCUCUUGACUCUUUGGCUGUAGAAUUAAGAUGGUUGUAUCAUAAAUAUACUUUUUUAAAUUACGUGUAUAUAAUAAUAGCUAAAUACUGGUAAAGUUGUAGGAUACACAGGAGUCUCUCUAUGAGAUCACAUCCCCUAGUUAGACAGGUAUACGAAGUUAAAAUUUUUAUACUUAGAAUAUGAGUCUCAUUGGUUCUAUUGUUGUGAAAUUUACUCUUUAACACAAUCAUGCAUCGAAUAUACUGUAAAGUGGAUCGAUCAGACCCAUCUCGUCUCCUCACUUAAAUUAAAAUAUCGUAAUUCAUUUUACCAAUAUUCUAACUUUUGCGGUACAACCACCUUAAACUACCAAGAAUGAAAACAAUGAAUAUUAUACAAAUAGCAGAAACCCUGUACAUGUGAAUACUUGGAAAUAGUAAAUGGUUAAAAAUCGAGUUUAAUCGAUUUCUUAUAGCGAAUAGUUAUUUAUGAUGGGAAUCAUUUUACUCGUACCUCUCGUAGCACGUUACUACGUAAAUAGCGAACACAUCGAGCGAAUCUCGGGUUCAGACACCCGGUCAAUAACAAUCUCUAUACACGCGCCACAUGCGAAACGGAAGAUCCGGUGUCGUCACGAAUUACGUGGGCCUUUUUAACGCAUCUAACUGUCUCUUUAGUCACAUUUCUCAUCCGGGGUUUUAUAAAUCAUAAUAUUAGAGAAUAGGGGUGUGCGGGUAGCCAGAUACGUCAGGUAUGUAUCCGAGUUUCGGGCUAAAGUCGAAAGCAGUUGGGAUCAAGAACGCCUGACUUUUAUCAUUUCCCAAGUCCAUAAUCUCAGGUUCAUUGUAGACUUUCUGUAGGGUACAAUGUAGACUUUGGUUAGAAAAAGUGUAGAAGGAAAAACAUCUACCACUUUCAAAUUUGACAAAUCUCAAAUAUGCAUUUCUAUAUUUUCAAGUUCCUUACUCUUUGCAUUUGACAAUUUAAAGUUUCUAUAUUUUCUGAAUUUGUAAAUCUAGAAGUUUGAAUAUUCACAUUCCUACGAACGUUAAAACGAGUGGUGGAUUCUUUUUUUCCUACGUUGUAAUUUUCCCUAGGAAAUCCUACCAUGCUUGCCAGUACCCGCACAUCCUUAUUAAAGAGUAUAUAUAUAUAUACUAUUAUUCGGCCAAAUCGAGCCGUGUUUGUAAAUGGCGAACGCGUAUCAUACCACUUCUGGACCCCGUGCAAACGCAACAAGACUGACGAUGCGGUUCCAAGAAGUGGUUCGUGUUUGCGUGCAACAAAGUUUGUCCACCGUUCGUUCGACGCGAAGUGCAUAAUUAAUUUAAUUGCGUUGGAAGCGUGGCGACGCGUCAGCAACCAGAGUCCUCGUUCGCGAUUAAAAACUAGUGUAAUAUAUACAUAUACAUAUAUUAUUAUUAAUAUUAAUUAAACCGGUUAGGGCGUGAUACUACUUUGGUAUGGGCAUAACUGAACUUAAUUAGACCGAAAUUACGCGGAAAUGAUUUUUUUGCGAACAGAAUAGUGAUAGUAACGUGUAACGCCGUGGACACAGCCAGGUUUGUGAGCAAAAUUUAUUCCAGCGUAAAUUUUAUAAACUGAUUUUAGAUUUAUGUUUAUAUACAGAACAUUAACCUUCUUUCUGUGUACAGAUGCAAACACGUGGGUUAUUCUUAAUUCAAUUUUUUAAUCUUUUUAUACCUGUCUUAAAAAUCAAUUUUCAUAUACGUAUGUUUUUUUUUCUUUAAAUUAUAAAUGUAUGGAGUGUAAUUGCAUCGUCAAAAUUUUGUACACAGAGAAAAAGUUAGUAGAAUUAUAAUUUUUCUGCAGAGGGGAGCAAAAUCCGAUUUUUUCCAUGUCCACUUUUUUUUAUGUCCCUGGCUACGUCCAUGUGCAACGUGGUUCGUGCAUGGGCGCGCGGCCGGUAGAUGACAGUGUUGGGUGCUCGUCACCAAAACCCUGUCGUUUCACCAGCCACGCGCCAAUCAACGUCGCUUGAACCUGUCGAGAAAACCCACUAACUUGUGUGUUUUGUUCGAAUUUAACAUAGAAGCAAUUUACCUUUUUUCUUGUACAUUCGAGCGAUAACGCGGGCUUUCUAAGGGUAAGCAGUAGAGGGAGGCGUCUCUCACCGUUUGCUUUUGAUUUCGGGUGAAUCCAGGAAACCUAACAUAACUGGUCCAUGCAUGUAAAGAACAAGAACGAACAGAUCCCUCCUUUACACUUUCCCUUAUGGAGUCUUCUUAGUGUGAUGGUCUUCAGAAAAUUCAUCUCAACUCAUGCAGCACGUGAUUUUCAAAGCAAUGAGUUACAUUUUCACUUUGUCAAAUUAGCAAAUUUCUAAAUUUAAAAAUUCAAAUACGUCUCAAUGUAAAGAAGCUUCAAUUUAACAAUUGACUCAUGGCGAGCACUGUACAUAAAAAAAUACACUCGCAGCUAAGAUUUCCUCGAAAACUCGUGACUGUAAAAAAUUGUAAGAGAAUUUUUUGGAAAAUCACACUUAGAGGAUCCCCUAAUCAAGGUGAGCCUAGGUUGUACACGACUGUACAACGAUAUCAUUCGUGUACCAGCAGAUCAUCUUCGAUGACUAUCCUGUGCUAUUUCAGAGGAAAUUUCUUAACGAACAUAUGGUCGUGUACUUUUUAGAAUCGAAUUAUAGCACAGAGAUAUGUCGAAGAUCAUGAUGCCGAUACAAGCGGUCUGACAGCACUUCACGACGCUCAAUAAACGUAAACCGAGAGUAAAAUUCAUUCUGUUUUUUGCGUUCGUUCAUUCGACGUACCGAACGUUUGUAAGUACUUGGAUUGUGUGGAUUGUGUUUCUCUGUUUUCUUAUUUUACUGUUUGUUUUUUUCCUUUACUUGUCUCUCUUCCUCUCUCCCAGUUUGGAAGGAAAUGGAGGAGAGGACGUAGAAUGCCAUCGAGACAAAAGAAAAGGCUACGGCUGCGUCGCGUUACGCAAGAUAAGAUUGCAUCGCUGGAUCCGCGCGUAUCUUCGCCUUUCUUCAUCCGAUUCGGAACCAUUUAUCCGUAGAAAAUACCAGUAGUUAGAGUAGUCGUGAAAUUUUCUUGAGAACGAUCGUAAAAUGGCGCGCGAAUCCAGCGAACUUGCCUGACGCUCUGACUAGUUAAUCUAGUACGGUAAAAGGUACAAUGAUCAAACCACGGUCGCAUCGUUCGUGCAGGAAGUACCUAUUUCUAAUGAUAAUAAGAUAAUUAAUAUUAAUAUUAAUAAUAUUAAUGAUAAUAAUAAUUAAUAACUUAUAAAUAGAGUGCGAUUAUAUUUGAAUGAUUUGAUGCAUACAUUCGCCACAGACGCACGUUGUGGCGGAUCAACGGUGUGAUGAUCCUAAUUAAUUAGACCCGAAAACGAUACACAGUGACGGUCUAACGAACAACCGAAAGCGAUUCGACGAUGAUAGUAUGGACAGAGAGAACAAGGAAUAAGAAUCGUUUGUAUCGUUUAACGGGAUCGCAGAAGUCUCUUUGUUUGUCGCGUUUUAUUUAAUCUCAAGAAUUUCGAAUCAACAGAAACAUCAUCGCAAGAACGAAAAAAAGUGAAAGUAUACGUAUUAUCGCGACGAAUUAUCGAUGAUUAGCGACGGUCCGACCUCUAGUGCGUUACUUGUUACAUAAAUAAAUGAGGAAAUGAAAAGAGGAAUGAUGUGUUAACUAAAUGCGUGUUCCGUGAACAUAGGGAUAAAAGGGAACUAGGCAUUUCGUUUAUCGACAGAAAAGAUCGGAUUCUGCUUUUAACUUGCUAAUUAAAUUUGUAUCCUUCCUCUCUGAAAAUAGGUGAAUUCGAUCAUUAACAAUUUUUAAUCGAAGGAAGUAGUUAAUAACGUUUUGCAAAUAUGGGAAGCUAUUUUGGUUAUAUUAUUUAAUUAUUUGCAUCUCCUUUUGUACCGCAACUACUAAAACAUCGUAUACAGUGUUGUUCUAAUGCAUUUAUUCUUGCAUUUUUUUAUUUUUUCUAAAUAUUGUGUCGUAUAUGUUGAUACAACUUUAAUGACUUUGAUGUUACAUUUAUUAAAUAAAUUAUCCGGAUUAAUAUAGUCUCUCAUUUUUUAGAGUAUUUAUAUUGUAUAUUCAUUUUUUUAUUCGCAUACAAAAGUAAUUCUCGUUUAAAUUUCCCUCUAAGUUGAGGUGUAACCAAAAUGACGUCUUUUUGUAACUUUUAUCAAAGUUAUCUAUGAUAUGCUUAAUCUCCUCUUAUCCCUAUGUUUAUGACGUGUUCGCGUAUCAAUGAUCGGCCUACUAUAAUUAAAAGAAAGAGAGAAAUCGUUUGAAACAAUACGGUAUCUGGAGAGUGGCAUAUGCCGCGUGUACGAACAUCGAACACUUAAUACAAUCUGAACUGUAAUAAGUGUUUGUUCCAGUUUGUCUCCAUA